AUGGAUUUAUUCAUUUAUAAUAACCGAGUGAUAACUUUUGGUGAUAAACAGAGCCGUCCAAUCAAAUCAACUCAAACAAUGAGUGCCACAGAAGAGUGUCGACGUCUGGCGGAACCGUUUCUGGUGACGGGCGAAGUGGUGCACGGCUUCGGCCGCGGGAGCAAAGAGUUGGGUAUUCCCACCGCUAACGUCGACCCGGAGGUCGUCAAAGCCAUCGGCACUCAACUCGAGAGCGGGAUUUACUACGGCUUCUGCCAAUUGGUUCCCACGACGACAGCCACAGCACCGCAAGUGCCCAAUGGUGUCGACGACACCACCGCUGCCCACGAGUCCCGACCGCCUGUUUAUGGGAUGGUCUGUAGUCUGGGUUGGAAUCCACAGUACAAUAACACCAUCCGAUCCCUCGAAGCAUAUAUUCUGCAUAAGUUUGACACCGAUUUCUACGGAUCCACUCUUCGAGUGGCCAUUUGUGGCUAUAUUAGAGCCGAACAGAAGUUUGAUUCCUUGGAUCAGUUGAUUGAUUGCAUUCAUAAUGAUAUAAAAGUGACCGAACGUGAGGUUAAAGAUCUGAGCCAAUGGUCAGCGCUAUUGAACGGCGAGUUCUUUGUUGUUAAAAAGAAUCAAAAUUACAACGUUUGGAGAGACGGAGAGAUUAGCACUGGAUUUGGUUUUAGUGGGUGUGGACUCGGAUUGGGUGGUGUUGUUGAGGGCCUCCACUUGAGUGUCGUUGCCGUCGGCACUACCGCUGCGAACAGAGCCGACAGGAGAGCCUUAAACUCUUUGGCGGACUUCCAACUGCAUGGCCACCAUUUGGUCAGUUGUGCGCCCAAAGAGUUGGUCAUCGCUUUCUGGCAGUACUUAGUGUUGGAAAACAAAUACAAUUCGUAUUCGGAAUCCGAGUUCUGUCGAGUGAAGGCCGCCUGA